GGGCCCCCGGCCUGGUGGGCUCGGGGAGCUCGCCGCCGCCACUGCCGCUUACCCGCGGGCCUCCGGGACCAGCCGCGAAACUUUGCGGCUUCUCGACGCUGGGGCGUCGACGCGAGGCCGGGCGGACGCAGCGAUGCGCCCCGCGGACUGAGGGCAGAGGAUGAGGUCGCGGCCCGGCUGCGCCCAGCCCGGGGACCCGCGGGGUCGUACCCGCGGAAAGUUGGCGCGCACCUGCCCGGAGCCUGGGAGACGCUCGGUCCCCGGCCCGAAUUGUCCCCACAGUGAGUUUGUGGAAGCCUCGCCCGCGCCCUACAGCCCGGAGGAGUUAGGUCCCCCUCCUAUUGGUUACAGCCCCGGUAGUCCCGCCCCGAUUCUAGAAGACCCCAACUACUUUUUCCCAGACUUCCAGCUCUAUUCUGGGAGGCGUGAACCAUCUGCUUUGACGGUGGAGGCAAACGGUAGUGGCAUCAGGGAAAAAGUUGUUGAGGACCCCCUGUGUCACUUCCAGCCCCCGAGCCUCCUGAGGACGUCAGAGGUGGAAAUGAGAGGUUCCGAGGAUGCGGCAGCUGGGACAGUGUUACAGCGGCUGAUCCAGGAACAACUGCGGUAUGGCACCCCGACCGAGAACAUGAACUUGCUGGCCAUUCAGCACCAGGCCACAGGGAGCGCAGGACCCGCCCACCCCACCAACAGCUUUUCUUCCACGGAAAACCUCGCUCAAGAAGACCCACCAAUGGUCUACCAGUCGGCACGUCAGGAACCGCAGGGUCAAGAACACCAGGUGGACAAUACGGUGAUGGAGAAACAGGUGCGGUCCACGCAGCCUCAGCAGAACAACGAGGAGCUGCCCACUUACGAGGAGGCCAAGGCGCAGUCCCAGUUCUUUCGGGGCCAACAGCAGCAGCAGGGGGCUGCCAGCCAUGGUUACUACAUGGCAGGGGGCAGCAGUCAGAAGGCCCGGACUGAGGGGAGGCCCACGGUGAACCGUGCCAACAGUGGGCAGGCGCAUAAGGACGAGGCGCUGAAAGAACUCAAGCAGGGUCACGUCCGCUCUCUCAGUGAGAGGAUCAUGCAGCUGUCGUUGGAGAGGAAUGGUGCUAAACAGCACCUCCCUGGUUCAGGGAAUGGAAAGGGGUUCAAGGCAGGAGGGGGACCCUCGCCAGCCCAGCCUGCAGGUAAAGUGCUGGACCCCCGGGGUCCUCCACCUGAGUACCCCUACAAGACCAAGCAGAUGAUGUCCCCCGUCAGCAAGACCCAGGAGCAUGGACUUUUCUACAGUGACCAGCACCCAGGGAUGCUCCAUGAGAUGGUCAAGCCUUACCCUGCUCCUCAGCCCGCGAGAACGGAAGUGGCCGUCCUGCGGUACCAGCCGCCCCCAGAGUACGGGGUAACGAGCCGCCCCUGCCAGCUCCCUUUCCCAUCGACCGUGCAGCAGCACAGCCCCAUGUCCUCCCAGAACCCCCCGGUCAGCGGGCCGCUGCACUCCGUGUCCUUGCCACUUCCAUUGCCCGUGACCCUGGCGGCUCCGCAGCCUCCGCCGGCCGCCUCGCCCAGCCAGCAGCUCGGACCCGAUGCCUUCGCCAUCGUGGAGCGAGCCCAGCAGAUGGUGGAGAUCCUAACCGAGGAGAACCGGGUGCUUCACCAGGAACUUCAGGGUUACUAUGACAAUGCCGACAAGCUCCACAAGUUUGAAAAAGAACUUCAGAGAAUUUCAGAAGCCUAUGAGAGCCUGGUCAAGUCCACUACCAAGCGGGAAUCACUGGACAAGGCAAUGAGAAACAAACUGGAAGGCGAGAUCCGAAGGCUUCACGAUUUCAACAGAGACCUCCGAGAUCGCCUAGAGACGGCCAACAGGCAGCUGUCUAGCAGGGAGUACGACGGGCAUGAAGACAGAGCUGCAGAGGGGCUCUACGCUUCCCAGAACAAAGAGUUCUUGAAGGAGAAGGAGAAGUUGGAAAUGGAGUUAGCAGCCGUGCGGACUGCGAGCGAGGACCACCGGAGACACAUUGAGAUCCUAGACCAGGCUCUGAGCAACGCCCAGGCCAGGGUCAUCAAGCUGGAAGAGGAGUUACGAGAGAAGCAAGCCUAUGUGGAGAAGGUGGAGAAGCUCCAGCAGGCCCUGAGCCAGCUGCAGUCUGCGUGUGAGAAGCGAGAGCAGAUGGAGCGGAGACUGCGGACCUGGCUGGAGAGAGAGCUGGAUGCGCUGAGGACCCAGCAGAAACAUGGAAAUGGCCAGCCAACCGGCAUGCCAGAGUAUAAUGCCCCGGCCCUCAUGGAACUUGUGAGGGAGAAGGAGGAGCGGAUCCUGGCCCUGGAGGCCGACAUGACCAAGUGGGAGCAGAAGUACCUGGAGGAGAGUACCAUCCGACACUUUGCCAUGAAUGCCGCGGCCACUGCAGCGGCUGAGAGGGACACCACGAUCAUCAACCACUCGAGGAAUGGCAGCUACGGCGAGAGCUCUCUGGAGGCCCCCAUCUGGCAGGAGGAGGAGGUGGUGCAGGCCACCAGGAGGUGUCAGGACAUGGAGUACACUAUUAAGAAUCUCCAUGCCAAAAUCAUAGAGAAGGAUGCCAUGAUUAAGGUCCUUCAGCAGCGGUCCCGUAAAGAUGCCGGGAAGACGGACUCCUCGAGCCUGCGUCCCGCCCGCUCCGUCCCGUCCAUUGCUGCGGCCACUGGGACCCACUCCCGCCAGACCUCGCUUACCAGCAGCCAGUUAGCCGAGGAGAAGAAAGAGGAGAAGACCUGGAAGGGGAGCAUAGGGUUGCUGCUGGGGAAGGAGCACCACGAGCACGCCUCCACCGCCCCGGCCGCCGCGCUGUCCCCCAGCGCCUCCACCGCCUCGGCCGUCAGCGCCCACGCUAAGACGGGCAGCAAGGACAACAGCACCCAAACGGACAAGGGCGCUGAGCUCUUCUGGCCCAGCAUGGCCUCCCUGCCCAGCCGCGGCCGGCUGAGCAUGACCCCUUCCAACAGCCCCGUCCUGAAACACCCGGGGGCCAAAGGGGCUGCAGAGAAACCAGAGAACCCUCUGGGCCAUGGGAAGUCCCCCGACCACAAAGGCCGCGUCAGCAGCUUGCUCCACAAGCCCGAGUUCCCUGAUGGAGAGAUGAUGGAAGUUCUCAUCUAACACUGGCGUCCCUGCUGCUUUCUGUGAGGGGAUCUUGACAAACGAAGAGCGUGGCCGAGAGGGAGAAGAAAGAUCGAGAAAGUUGUGGAUGGGAAAUCAGGAACGAUGUGAACUGAUAAGAUCUUAAAUUAGUAAGAACACUUUUUAUAAACGUUUAAAAAAAUAAUCAGGAGACCUACAUGACUGAAGAUGAGGAGAAUGCUGUGGAUUCGUAUCUCAUAUGGUGGAAAAGAGAAGACGCAUGUAGGUUUGGAAACCAAGACGUCACAGGAAGUGGGAUUUUCACUGUAUAGAAAAUGUAUCUCUUGGGGAGGGUCUGUGUACACCCGCUCUCUGGCUAUAAACACAUAAACCCGAACAUGGAUCUUCCUUGAAAUACCCCUAUUCUCCUUGCCUCUUAGCAUGUUUGUUUUUGGGUUUUUUUUAUUUUUUAAGAAGAACCUUCUAGAAAUCUCCAAGAGCCCAUCUCGGCAUCAUGUAAUGUCACCUGUGCCAUCGGGGUUUCCUUUGAAUGUGUGUGGGGUUGGCAGUGAGAAGACACGUCUGCAGGUGAUGGGAAUUUAGAAGGCGGUUCUCACCAAACUCCCUGCUUGGUUUGGAUUUUCAGGAGGUGGCGGGGCUUCUUAGCUUCUGGAUUCAGCCAUAAAAAUAUGAAACAGGAAGGGAGCAUUAUGAUCUUGGUGCUCAAACUCCCUCACUGCUCUGAGUUUCCUCUCUUCCUCUGCUUCAUUCUCUUUCAUUUUACUCUUCUUUUCUUUCACUUCUUUUCCUUGUUACUACAACAUGGCAGAAUUCCUCAGGUCUGGGAUUUAUUAGAGCAGAGUCUGAUCUCUGUUUAGUAGUGCCCAGUGGGACGGAGCCGUAUGCUGGCUGCCUGGCCACCUCCCAUACCUUGGAGUCAUUAGGCUCAUUGUGACUGGGAACUAGGGAAGUUCUGAUGAGGCGGAAGAUUCCACGGUCACUGACCCUGGCUCUUCUGUCUCACAUCCGCUCUCUUGCACAGAGCCUGGUUUCCACCCUCUGUUGGGUUAAUAAGACUUUCAGGACUGCCCUCCAGGAAAUGAAUGACACUUGACUUGGUGGCAUCCAGAGAUUCACCCGAUAGCUUGUACCACUUUCUAGAGCCUGUGGCUCAUGAGCAUAUUCAGCACUCUCGCCACCCCCUCACACUCCUCUGGUCGCUGUGGACGAGCACAUAGGUUUCCAUGUUGGCACAUCAGUGUUUCUCUGUCAUGAAUUUGCUAUGUGACCUAACGGGCCAGUAUAUAUACAGUGCGGUCACGUGCGUCGAGGUUUUGGGGUGGGACAAGUUGACCAAAGUAGGACAGAGGCACCGUGUCAAAGAGCCAGGAGUGAGUGGGGUCAUGGGCCUCUAACUCCUCAGACACUGGCUUUCUUUACGAAUCUGAGAGGUGCUGGAUCAGGGAAGAGGAGAAGCUAAUCAGGCUGGCAGAUGUUCUUGCAGGGUCCUGAUACUUUCCUCCCUCCCGAUCAGCUGGAUGCUUCUGAUCCCAGGGCCCUUUCCUCAUGCUUACUUAGGGGAAGGAAGAAAAAGGGCCUCUGUCUGCGACGUUCUCAAGUGCCACCUACAUAGAGCCCUGAACACAACACUCCUCCGGGAAUUUUGCUUGGGUGGCUUCUUUUAGAGUUGGUCUUUGGGAUGUAAGGUGGGUGGAGUUGUAGCCUCCCCAGAUAGAAGUGGUGGAGGGAAUACUGCAGUGUAAACCGGAGAGGGGGAGGGAGGACAGCAGGGGCCUUGGCUGGAGUGGGCGUAGCGAGUGUGACAGUGAGCAGGAAUCGCCUCUUCCCCAGCCCUGCUCUGCGGUGGGCACUGACCUCUGUGCUGCAUGCUCUUGGCCGCCUCUGGUCCCGUCAGGCCCAGGAAGCCAGAGAGGUUCUGGGGGCCGGGCAGCCUGCCUCGUGCCGGGGCCGUUUGAGUCUGGAUGCGGGUGGGGUUGGGGCAGGGGGGCCCGCCCCAGUCUCGGUUCCCCAUCACGUUUUACAGGUGGUGAAGUUUAGGCGAUGGUGACUCUUUCUCAUAGGGAUGUUUUGACCCCUUAAUUAAUGUUGGGAAUGGACCAGGAAUGAAUGCAAGUGUCUGGAGAGAGGAGGGCAAGUCUGCUCUUCCAAGUCCCCGCGACCCACACCUGGGCCACCUCAAACUUGGGCUGUCUCCCCUAGAAGUGGGGGAAAGUGGGAGCCACAGCCCAGUGUCCCCCAAGCCUCGUCUCUCUGCUCCAGCACACUCUUCGGCACCAGGUUCCAGGCUCGGGUGCUGCCCUUGGUCACCCAGAUCGCCAGCAUAUUGUCAGAAUACAAACACAAACAUCACCGUUUUUCAGUUGUGCUGUGGUCUUUGGCAGUCUCUUUUCUUCUAACUUGCUAAGAAUCUCCCAUAAGAAAAGGGAUCUCUAGCUUUCAGAUGUGUUCUUUUCUGGGAGAUUUCCUGCCAUGCCAGCCCCGCCCCCACCCCCCACCACCGCCCCCGAUGCUUUUCAUGUUCGCAGCUUUCUUGAAGCCUUGCUUGCACAUAGGAGCAAGAGAUCACAAACACUGAGCACCUGCUCUGCGUUCUGGGCCAUUUACAAUCCUUGAUCUCAUUUGAUGUUCGGAAAAAGAAACACCAGCUCUGUUUUUUGGUGCUGGCUGUAGGCAAGCAGGGCGGUGAGCACCUUUUAAUGAGUCCUCGAGCCACCUGGAGAGCAAGGGCUACUUUUAGCCUUACUUCACAGAGGAGAAAACGGGCUCAGGGAGGUUCAGUCCCUCCCCAAAGGCUCACAGCAGUGGCAACUGAACCAAGGGCCUAAGAAGAGGCUGGACUGCCACCAGCAUGGGUCACAGCCAUCUUUCAGGCCACGUCUUGGCCGGCUUCGGCCCGGUCUGUGAUGUGUGCGUGUGCGCACGCGUACGCGCACGCGCACGCGCACGCACACGCACGCGCAGCUGCCACACCGCUCGGGAACUAAGGGAGAGGACUAGAGCCCAGAAGUCCCACAACUGCCCAUAAACACGAGGUACAGACGGAAGUCUCCACGUUCCAUCAUAAGCAGGGCCACAAAAUCCAUCUAAAAAAACCCUCGUGCGUUGUCCGGAGGCCUGGACGGCAGGACUCCGUGGAGUGGGACUGUGGCCCUCGCGAGUCCCGUCCCGGGGUGAAGGGUAAAGUGUUUGGCUUCGUGUGAAGACCUGCCGGCGUAAUUCGGGCCUUCCCCCGGAAUGGGUCGCCUGGCAGUGUCUGCAUGCUGACCGGGGUAUCCUACGGAAUAGAUGCCGCUGGGUUCCAGCAACUCCUUCCAGAGCAGGCGCAGAACCUUUUCCUAGCGGUUUCUUCUCUUGGCUUCUGUGCUACCUGCUGGAGGCCGGUGGCCAGUGCCGCUGUGGAACUGGGCCCCUUCCAGGCAGGCCUGCAGGCCAGGGCUGCCGCGUCUGUCGCAGGGCUUUGGCUGGAGCGCACAGAGCAGCGGGGCCCUUCCCUCCUCCGGCCCGCGGGGGCUAGCUCUUGGGAACACGUCGUGGGUUUGACUGCCCGGGGUUGGGGUCCCAUAGCCAGAUAGGGCUCCUUACGAAUUCUGAUCUUGGAACAGAGACCUCAGGGGAGAGGCUGUUGGAAUGGCCGCUGCAGAGGAGCUGGCCAUCACUCCCGUCCUCCCCGGCGGUCGCCCUCAGCCCCCUGUGACCUCCUGAUGCCUGGGUUCCCCUGAUGGGAAGACAAGCCGACUCCCCGACAGCCUCGCGAGUUGCAGAGACCGCUGCGAGCGCAGACGUCAGGGGAGGCUGCAGUCCCAGGAGGCAGUGAAGAAUAGAUCGGGGUUUUAAAAGGUGUCGAGGCAGGGAGCUCAUGCGUGACUGCAUGGAGCUCCACCCGUUUUCCAAAACCAAAGUCCUGCUCCAGUCCGCACUGGAGUUGGGGGAGUGUGCUGUGAGCCGCGAGUGAACUUGGCUUCCUGAGCGAAGGGGUCCUGAGGCCAUGGUGAAUGGGAGCCCGUGGAUAUUCUUAACAGGUAAAACCCUCACGUAGCCAGAGGGUGUCCAGCCCGGGGCUGGCUUCUUCACAUCCCCAGGCCUGCGGCACGGUAGAUGCUUUAUAAAUGUGGCAUCUCUUCUCUUCUUUCUUGCUAAUUAAUCGAUGUGUUUAAAAUGUCUUCCUCCAAUGUGAGGACGGUUUAAUCAGCUUGCCUCUGAUGUAUGGCUCCACUGGAGAUGGGCAGAGUAAUUAAGAAGCUUCCAGAAGCUGGCCAACUGGGAGCAUGUAAAGGUCAGCAUUUCAGUAAAUGGAUUUCUUCUGGAACUAAGGAGUCGAUUUUUCUCUCUUCCUUUUAAGUAGCAUAUCCUUUUCUUGUUUAGUAAUUUAAUGGUAUAUAAAGACGUGUGUCUAUGUCAGUGCAUAUGUAUGAGGUAUGACUACAAGGUUGUGUGUCGGGUUUUCUUGCUUAAUAUCCGGAAGAUCCAAGUAUUUCAUCUCACCCCUUCCUUAAACGGUGACCCUUUGGGAGACUCUGUGCUGAUUGCUGUCCCCAGGAGAAACAGUUUGCAAACACCUCUGUUAGAGUGGCCUCUGGGGCCUGGCCCGUCCCUUUGAUUAUCCUUACAGAUGAGAAAUCUUCAUCCUUUGAGGAUGGAUUUAAGUUUGGAAAUAAUCCCAGUUGAAUAAAUAACGACGGGUGAUGAAGGCCAUACCAUUUUACCUUUCAAAAAAGAAAAAUCCCGAAAAUGUUCCUUGGAAUGGGUCUUUGGACUCCUGGAGCCUCUCAAAGUGACCCCUUCCAAGGAGGACAAUAGUCAUCAGUACGUGUAACUUCUAGUGGGUUCACUUUUAAAAAUCUCUUCUCUUGCCAUGCCUUGUAUGUGUUCGCCUCUCUGCAUACACAGAUGGAGGUGCGUAUUCCUUAGUAGAGACCUCCAGUAGGUGCUCCGUAAAGCCCUGUAAUACUUAAGUGCAUGUUAUUGUCGUGUAAUGCAAUGACUGAAGUGUUUCUUUGUCAUAAAACUCCGCUUCUUCACAGAAUUAAGAUACUCUUCUCAAUAUAAUGAGGUACAUACACCACAUUUUCUCGUAUCAGCUCUCAAAGCGUCGACGAUGUCCAGUGGUGUGUUUACAUGUGAUUUUGCCUCGGAUUCUGGUCGCGUAGAGACACCUGCAAGUAUUUAUUACAAAACAGAAUGUAAGCAAGUUUAUCCACAGUGGUUUUCUUGGAACAAAGGUGUUUUCCCAGUUCUGUGGAGGGACCGUGGAGCCUCCUCCUUCACGGGGCACUUACAGAAUCUGUGUGGAAGUCUGUGAACCACGGGCAGGUGCGUGCAGCGACCUCAGCCAGCACUCGGACAGCCCUCGGGCCCCCGCUCUCUCCCCCCGCCAUGUGUCAUCACCGUGCUCGGAGGCACCGUGCUCUGUUCCCUCCAGUGGACUCUGGUGUGCCCUUUCGGCAUCUUCGUCCUGCUGGUCUGUAUUGAAGGGGUGUCCGCAGAGCUGCACAGCCAGGUGGGGGUGUGUGCCAGUCGGGGGGAACCCCCCACAGCAAAUGUUGAUCCUGUUGGUCAGCCAAAGAUUUUCCUAUUCUUUGCUGCUUAAAUUUGUGCCUUAAUAUUGUAUAUAAUAAAGGGAUAA